GUAUGUGUUUGGUUACCAAAAAUACAGCGGUCUCCAGGCUAAAGGACUGAGACCAACAGGUACCAGGAUCACUCAUGUUGUAUCUUCAACUAUGAUGGCAAGUCUGCUGCAGUCAUUGAUAAGGGACAAACUUUGCCCUGAAUCUUGCGGUGAAGAACUAGAAAUACAGUUUCACAAUGAUCCACUGGCAGCUGUAAAUGCCUGUUAUGAAGGAGAGACAGUCAUCAUCUGUCCUGGACAUUAUGUUGUAGAUGGCAUGUUCUGCAUUGCUGAUUCAGUUGAGCUAGAAGGCUAUGGCCUGUCAGAUGAUAUCGUGAUAGAAAAACGAGGGAAAGGAGACAACUUUGUUGACUGUACAGGAGCCAAUAUAAGAAUCUCCAAUUUGAAAUUAGUGCAGCAUGAUGCUGUGGAGGGGAUUUUAAAUGUCCAUCAUGGGAAAACCACCUUGGAGAAUUGUGUGUUACAGUGUGAGACCACAGGCAUAACAGUACGAACAUCAGCUGAGCUAUUAAUGAAAAACUCAGAUCUGUAUGGUGCCAAGGGCGCUGGUGUGGAAAUAUAUCCAGGCAGUACCUGCACCCUGUUAAACAACGGCAUACACCACUGCAAGGAGGGCAUACUUAUAAAGAACUUUUUAGAUGAACAUUAUGACAUCCCCAGGAUAACCAUGUGCAAUAAUGUGAUCCAUAAUAAUGAAGGAUAUGGUGUGGUCCUGGUUAGACCAACAAUGCCCUCUGAUGUAAAGGAUGCUUCAGCAGAGCAAGCAAAAGGGAAUACACAGCCUACCCAGUCAGGUGAUGGGACAGCCUGUGUAGAGGGCUUCAGUCAAGAACGACCUGAAUGUCUAACUGAUGAAUUGGAGCUUUAUGAGCAAGCCAAGAUUUCUGAACAAACUGAAGGCAGCUACAAAAUUAAAAGUGAACUGGAGGCUAUUUCUGCAAAGAAAAGUCAGAUGUACAAGAAAAGACUGAGUGAACUGGGAAUCACAGAAGCUGAUGACAACUUAAUGUCACAGGAAAUGUUUGUUUCUAUUGUGGACAAUCAGUUCAAAUGGAAUGGGAAAGGAAGUUUUGGAACCUUUCUUUUCUGA